UCGGCUAAGCAAUUAUACUCGAGCGUGGCCACGACUAGAUCUGGUUGCACUUGAUAUCUCGUACAAAUUUCGAAUUUGACUAUUCAGUAUUGAACAGUUCGUGCUGGACGCGAGACCGCCAGGCAAAGCCACUCGGACACUCCCUUCUUUCGGGGUCUAUUCGCAAAAUUCGGCACCGAUCGGGUUCAAAAUGUAGUGCCCGUAAUCAUCCUGGGCAGUGUGUCCGACGAGCUUCGAGGAAUUGCAGUGCGAAGACAUGUGAAGAACGAUGAAUGUGGUUCGAAUUUGUGGUUUGGUGCUAGUGCUACUGUUACCGUUCGAGAACGGUGCCCGAGUGGAGUCGAAGGCCAUCAAGAGUGUGACGACAGAGGAACUUGAUAAUGAAAUUAUUGCGUCAUCGUCUACGGAAUUCACGAUCGGAGGAACAACCGAAGAGACGACGGAAAGGACGACCACUGAGAAAGUGCCAACGCUCGAUAGGACCCAUGUGACACUGGCGGUGCCGGAUGAACUGUUCUCGUCGACUGCAAAUCUGACGCUUCGAUUGAGAGAUUUGCUCGGGCAGUUGUUGCUGAGAUCCGUCGCACGACUGGCCAAGAUGAUGCGUUUCAUUCAACCCCUUUUCGGCGGUCAUCUAGUGAUUGAAAUUCCGAAAGACUUGGAGAAAAUCUAACGAUAAAGCUUAACCUAGAUAGAUCAUUUUAUUAAAUAUCGUCCGGAAAUAUCGAAUAAAAAGAUCGCGUGAUAGCAGCCGACCGAAUGACGCUGCUCCACCUUAGACUAAAUUAUGUAACAAGAGUGUAAAUAAAAAUUUGUUUCUAUAAUUAAACAAUUACGUAACUAAUUCUUAAAA